AUGAAGAUCCUUUUAGGAGUUCUAGUGCUCUCCUUAGCUUCUGCUAUUCAAGUUGUCCCAAUUCCAAAAUAUUAUGACGGCUAUUACCUUGGUCCAGCACGGGUGCAGGUCGAAUGACUUUGCUUUUUGAUAGUUUCCAUUUCACCGAAAAAUUUUUGACCGAAAAAAACCGUUAAUUUCGGCCAAAUGUAUUUCGAUGAAAUGUACACUGUCAAAAAUCCACAGUCAUUUGACAUGGAGCCGUCCAGCACAUAGCAAUUACACCUUAGAAACAUUUAUUGACCUAUUGUGUCCUAAAUCUGCCGCAGCCUUCCCAGCCUUAAUUCAGUAUUACACUCAGAACCAGCACUGGCUCGAGCUAAUAAUCCACCAGUCUCCAAUGUCUUACAACACUUUCUCAUUCCCUGUCUCGCAGGCUGGAAAAUUUGUUUUAGAAAAGAAAUCCGAAAGAUACCUUGACUGGGUUUACUAUUGGUUCCAGCACCAACAAUCCUUUACUAAUAACACUGCCAGCUACGAUUUUUAUACUGCAAAUAAUAAAAUUGCGCAAUUUACCUCACAAUCAACAGGGCUACCAAUAAAUCAAGUUACUCAGGCCUUGUCGAACCAAGACUUUAAUACCAAAGCAAGAGUUUCAUGGAAAUUCGGAGCUUCGAGAAACAUUCCUGGCACUCCAAGCUAUUUGUUGAACGGCGUAUGGGUCCCUGAUGCUUAUAAUAUUACGACUGUUGCCGGAUGGACCAGUUUCUUCCAAGCCAUAAGCAGUGGGAAUUAA